CCACUCCCCCAACUUAAUCAAAACCUUCAAUUCCAACUUGAAGAGAAAGUAAUGGCGCCACCAUCUCCGAUUCUCCUCAUCUUCUGCCUCUCUCUCCUCGCCGCCGCCUCAACGAUCUCUGCGGCGACCUCCGCGCACGACGAAUUGGUCAAGUACGGAUUCCCCGUCGGCCUCCUCCCCGCCGAGAUCGAGUCCUACACCCUCAACCACACCUCCGGCGCCUUCUCGGUGCGCCUCGGCGGUAAUUGCCGCGUCACGCUGCCCCCUGACAACUAUUUGGCAACCUACUCCAAGCGAAUUACCGGCAAAAUCGUCGGGAAUCGGAUCGCCGAGCUCGACGGGAUCAGCGUUAGGGCGUUCUUCAAGUGGUGGGGGAUCACCGGAAUCAAAUCCAGCGGCCAGGAUUUGGUGUUCGAGGUUGGUAUGCUCACCGCCAAGUAUCCUUCGAAGAAUUUCGACGUGUCUCCGCCCUGCGAGGGCCGCCGCGCUUCCUCCGCCUAGAGAGGGAUGAUUAAUAGAUCUUUACUUCGAGAAGCCAUUUGUAACCGUACGUACUAUAUGUUCAGGAAUUGUCAAAGAUUCAUGUGGCGAUUGCUCAAAAUGUGUUCAACAACAUAUAUGCACUUCCAUUAAGGAGCUGUUUUAUUAGGGAAUAACAUUGGGGUUAUAGCCGAUGCAGUGGUGACUAUUUUGGCACUCUCCAAUAAUCAGUUCAGUUGUGUAUUUUGUAAUUCGAAAAUUGUAUAUAUAUGAUUCCAAACCUCGUUUAUAUAUGUGAUCUGCAGGAUUGUGUGGCA